AUAUUUUUCGCUUCUUUCCCUCCAGGUCCCCUCUAGAAAGCAAACUCUUUUUGCAACUCACUAAUCAGGAUGGUCGACAAUCCCUACUUGGCCCAUCUUCCUCCUUCCAAGCGGGGUGCAGGCCCUUCAUAUUCCUCCUCUUCAUCAGAAAAGGAACCCUUGUUCGGAUUUCUCCCUCGUAAAGUGAAAGGGGAGCAAGUCCGCAAAGCAAUGGAACACCAGUUGAAUUCAUUCACUAAACAACCGCAUUCUGCUCAGUACCGAAAAAUAUUAGAAGCUCGACGCGCUCUACCGGUUUACUCCCAGAUGGACGAAUUUCUUGAGAUUUUCUCUAAAAAUCAAAUAAUAGUCAUGGUUGGAGAAACUGGCUCCGGGAAAACGACACAGAUACCGCAAUUUGUGACCUACUCGGACUUACCGCAUACCAAGGGAAAAUUGGUUGCAUGUACACAACCUCGGCGAGUAGCUGCAAUGAGUGUUGCCCAGCGUGUGGCUGAUGAGAUGGAUGUUCAGCUCGGGAAGCAAGUGGGAUAUUCAAUCCGUUUUGAAGAUAUGACGGAGGCGGGCACAACUUUUCUCAAGUAUAUGACGGAUGGUAUGCUGCUGAGAGAAGCGAUGAACGAUAAAGAGUUGUCGAGGUAUAGCACCAUCAUCUUGGACGAAGCUCACGAAAGAACUCUUGCGACGGAUAUUCUCAUGGGUUUACUCAAAAACCUCGCCAAACGUCGGAAAGACUUGAAAAUUAUUGUCAUGUCUGCUACGCUUGACGCAGUUAAAUUCCAAUCAUAUUUCUCCCUCCACGACUCUGCAGCUGGCGAAGAGCCUUCACCUGCACCCUUAUUCAAAGUUCCUGGCCGAACACAUCCUGUAGAAAUAUUUUAUACUCAGGAGCCCGAGCCGGACUACGUCGAAGCUGCCAUUCGGACUGUUCUAAUGAUUCACCGCGCCGAAGACCCGGGAGACAUCCUGCUCUUUCUCACUGGUGAAGAAGAAAUCGAGGACGCAUGUAGAAAAAUUAAACUCGAAGCAGAUGACCUGCUCAACACAGAUCCUUCGAGUGUAGGCCCGCUCAUGUGUGUACCAUUAUAUUCCUCCCUUCCCCCACAACAGCAACAACGUAUAUUCGACGCUGCACCGAAACCCUCGCAGGAAGGAUAUCCACCAGGCCGGAAGGUCGUCGUGUCAACAAAUAUCGCCGAGACUUCACUCACGAUCGAUGGUAUUGUAUACGUCGUCGAUCCAGGCUUCUCAAAACAAAAGGUCUACAACCCAAGAAUUCGAGUUGAGUCAUUACUCGUAUCACCGAUAUCAAAAGCAUCCGCUCAGCAGAGGGCCGGUCGUGCAGGGCGUACUAGGCCAGGGAAAUGCUUUAGGCUGUAUACUGAAAAGGAUUUCAUAUCCGAACUCGAAGAGCAGACCCACCCGGAAAUCUUGCGGUCAAAUCUCGCUAAUGCAGUGCUGGAAUUGGCCAAAUUGGGGAUCAAGGAUCUUGUCCGAUUCGACUACCUCGAUGCCCCAGCACCGGAAACCCUCAUGCGUGCAUUGGAACUUCUCAAUUAUCUUGCUGCGCUGGACGACGAAGGUGAACUAACGGCAUUAGGAGGAGUGAUGGCAGAGUUCCCACUAGAUCCUCAGCUCGCCAAGAUGCUGAUCGUCUCGCCGGAGUUCAAAGUCUCCAACGAGAUACUAACGAUAACGGCGAUGCUGAGCAUUCCGAAUGUUUGGCUUCGGCCACCAAAUCAACGAGCCGCUGCGGACCAAGCGAAAGCCAUGCUCACUGUCCCCGAGGGCGACCAUUUGACGAUGUUGAACGUGUUCAACAAUUAUUCGCAGAAUAAACACGAUCGUAACUGGGCAUGGAACAACUUUUUGUCGGCUCGUGCCCUUGCGCAGGCGGAAAAUGUCCGCGCGCAACUGUUGAGGACGAUGGAAAAGUACGACAUAGAUGUCAUAAGCUUGGAAGAUGAAAAAAAGCGGAACCUAGGGAUACGACAAGCACUGACUUGUGGAUUUUUCAUGCAUGUCGCACAUAAGGAGGGAGAAAAGGGCAGUUAUCUGACGGUCAAGGACAAUCAGGUCGUCGCUCUUCAUCCUUCCUGCGGCCUCGAUUCACAACCUGAAUGGGUUUUGUUCAAUGAGUUUGUCUUGACAAAACGGCCAUAUAUCAGGACAGUCACGGAAGUUAAACCUGAAUGGCUCCUGGAAUAUGCACCUGUAUACUUUGAUUUGGCUUCGUUUCCAGAGGGAGAGACAAAGAGAGCACUACAGAGGGUAGCCAAUAAGCGUCGUGGAAUUAGUAACGGAGGUGGGGAAGAAACAAGACCGAGAAAGAAGCCCAAAAAAGAGAAAAACUAGAUUAGCACUGUGCGAAGAGCUAGGGCUCAUAGAUCUUCCGAGAAGUUUCCAAUCGUACUGGUAUAUACAUAAUAACGACUACGAAUUUUCGGUGCAUGCUUGU